AGUUGGAUGCGAUCCGUCAACCAAAUCCUGAAGAAGAUGACGACGAAGAAAAAGAAGAAGCAGCUGUUUAUCCUCAGUCAGCACGGUUCAUAUUUACCUCAAUAGUCACCACAAGAUUUACGUGGUUUUCAGCUUGAAAUGGCAAUGAGUCAGUUUCCCUUCUGUGUAAUAGCCUAGAAACGCUAAAGAUUCGGUGUUGCACGUCUGGACCAAAGGCUCCGGUUGUUUUCGUCGCUGUUCUGGUGCUUUACGGUGCAGAAGGAUAUGGUUUUCUCAUCGUCCCAGCAAGUGGUGGUCGCAUUUACGGCGGUGUUGUUUGCGUUUGUGGUGUUCCCUAGAAUGUUCGGCGUAGGAUCCGGAGCGAAGGAAACAAGAGGUUUUGAUGCACGCUACAACAGAAAAGCGGGUCCGGGACCAGGACCGGGUGCAGUGAGAGGGCAGCCGGUCAACAGGAACACUGCUGGCUCCAUGAGCAAAGCACAGACCCUGGAGAACAUGCAGCAGAUGAAGGUGAUGAUGGAGCAGGAGAUGAAGGGUGACAAAUACAAAACCAACAGCAACAAGGGCUACGUGUUCACGCUGAUGCCGCUCUACGCCAUCGGAGUCGGCCUCUUUGCAGCGUACAAAUUUCUGAAGAUCAAGUCUGCAGAUGACUCCCAAGCCCAAAAGAACAAGGAUGCCAAAGGUCCCAAGAAGUCGGAGGAGACAGAGAAUCAGCUUACAGAGCUGGAGCAGCGGCUAGCGCAAACAGAGAAGAUGCUCAACUCCAUUCUGACCCAACUGGACCCAUUGACAAGUUGUGUCAAGUCUGUGGCCCAGGAACAGAAGAACGAGAUCAUGUCCCAACUCCAGUCCAUCCGCCACCUGAUGAAGAAGAGAGGCAUGGACUGUCCAUCCCUUAACAUUGAAGAGCCGCAGUGCGAGAGGAACCUGGAUGACCUCAUCGAGUCUCUGGCAGCCCACGGCGACACCUCGCCAGAGGUGGUUGCUCCUGCGGAAGACGAUCAAAGUGGUGUGGUGAAAGAGGAGGAGCCAGUCCACCAGCAGCACCACCCUGAAUCCAAGGAUGAGCACUCAGUGACCGACGCUGAGGAGGAGGACAUGCCCUCCUUGGAGGAUUCUUGUGAGACAAACAUUGAGGACAUAGGCCUAGCCCAGAACAUUCCAGAAGAAAUGCCUACAACUGGGCUCAGACGACGCAACAGGCUGGAAUAAACCGAAAAAGAGGGUUGUUUUAAACUGUACAUGAAUAAAGCCAUACAUGUAUUUUCUCAUUCUUAAUGGCACUACUGCAGUCUGUUCAGUAAUGCUCUUGCUUUUGGCUCGCAGUUGAAUAAUAAUUUGGUCCAAGGUUGUGUGUGAUGAAGGUGAUUAUUUUUCUUCUGUUCCAUCCCAUAAAGCAUAACAGAUCCCUGGCUAGGCCAAUGUGUAGGGUUAGGACUUACUCCUGACAAAUAAAAUCCCCAGAAGCCUAACUCCAUAUAACAUUUGACUUAGGUCUGGAGGUUUUCCUUGUCAGGCCCCAAGUAUGAGGCCUGAGUUUUCCAUCCUUGAACCAAACGUUAGUUAGUAUGUAAGGCACCUGUAAAUGUGUUUUCAUCACGUGACUGCUGCUUGGAAACCCUGUACAUUAUCAUUAUAUGCUGCCAUCUUUUAGAAGCGGUCAUUUCAGCCCUAACUAUCAAGACCUCAGUGUGUUAUGCAAUCUUGCAACUGCCAUCCGUAUGUCAUAGAAUAGUCAAAAUAAUAAAAAAUGUCAAACAUAGUUAACUAUAAAUAGCUACAUUUAGUUUUUCUACUACGUACUCGAGUCUACAAGUGCAAGCUUGUGACGUUUGGCUUGUAUGAUUUGCUUGUUUUCAGACAUCUUAUGCAUGUGUUUUUCUCUGCAACUGAUCUUGAAUGUCCUGGUGGAUAAAACUGCAUGACUUCUCUUACUAGAGGGAGAUGCAGGACAAUCAUGAAUGUAUUGAUGACGUAGUCUAAAUCAUGCCUCUCCAACCCUGUUCCUGGAGAGCUACUGUCCAGUGGGUUUCUCUAUAACCCUGUUCCUGGAGUGCUACUGUCCAGUGGGUUUCUCUAUUACCCUGUUCCUGGAGAGCUACUGUCCAGUGGGUUUCUCUAUAACCCUGUUCCUGGAGAGCUACUGUCCAGUGGGUUUCUCUAUAACCCUGUUCCUGGAGAGUUACAGUCCAGUGGGUUUCUCUAUAACCCUGUUCCUGGAGAGCUACUGUCCAGUGGGUUUCUCUAUAACCCUGUUCCUGGAGUGCUACUGUCCAGUGGGUUUCUCUAUUACCCUGUUCCUGGAGAGCUACUGUCCAGUGGGUUUCUCUAUAACCCUGUUCCUGGAGAGCUACUGUCCAGUGGGUUUCUCUAUAACCCUGUUCCUGGAGAGUUACAGUCCAGUGGGUUUCUCUAUAACCCUGUUCCUGGAGAGCUACUGUCCACUGGGUUUCUCUAUAACCCUGUUCCUGGAGAGCUACUGUCCACUGGGAUUCUCUAUAACCCUGUUCCUGGAGAGCUACUGUCCAGUGGGUUUCUCUAUUACCCUGUUCCCCGAGAGCUACUGUCCAGUGGGUUUCUCUAUAACCCUGUUCCUGGAGAGCUACUGUCCAGUGGGUUUCUCUAUAACCCUGUUCCUGGAGAGCUACUGUCCAGUGGGUUUCUCUAUAACCCUGUUCCUGGAGAAUUACAGUCCAGUGGGUUUCUCUCCAACCCUAAUCUAGCACACGUGUUCCUAAUAAUUAGCUGGUUGAUAAGGGGAAUCCAGUUAGUUAUAAGGGGUUUGUGGGAACCUACCGGAGGGUAGCUCUUCAGGAGCAGAGUUGGAGAGACCUGGUCGGAAUUAAUUUGUGUUAGUCUAGUUAUGUAGUUCAGAUUAAGCACGAUGUGUGUAUUUAGCCAACACAAACAUGCAUUCUGCUCUGUUUUAUAUUUGUUUCCUUUUUAAGUAUUUUAUGUGAUCUAUCGUUGACUGUAGUUAACACAGAAGUUAGCCUCUGGUUAGAACCAACCCAGUGAAACUACAGGAUAGAACAGAAAUCAAAUUAUCUCAUUGGUUUUGUCUUAAAUUGAACCCUACCUAUUCCCUAUAUAGUAGGCCUCUGGUCAAAAGUAGGGAAUAUGGUGACAUGAUCUGUGUAGUAAUACUGUACCAGCAAUCAAAUAAUCACGUUUGUGUAGAAAUGCUGUACCACAAGACUUUUCAAAACACUGACAAAUAUCUUGUCUUGUGAUAACUAUAGCUUUGGAGCAAAUGUUUAGCGAACACACAAUUCAUAUAUCUGGAAACUAUAGAAACACUGCGAUGUUUGUCUCCUGUUUGAGAGGUCAUUUGUUCGGCUAACUCUAUUUAUUUUGUGUAGCUGUGCUCUUGGGCAUAACUGAGGAAUGUUGAAAGAUGGGAGAAAAUGUUCCACUCCUUACUAGAAAAUAAAGGUGCUAUGUGGCAA